GUUGGCACUGUCCUUUGUUUCUGUGUUUUCCUCCUCUUUUCCUUUCUCUUCAAUUCGUGUCUUUAUGCUCUGCUUUUGAUCCUUGUACAUAUUCUUCGCUCGAAUUCGACAAAGCGAAUCUCUCUAUUCCCCCGCCACUUUCUAACGUAUCCGUUAUCGGCCGCGGGGCCACUUCAGAAGCCAAAAACAUGGCGGCAGUAGAACUGGAACAGCAACAGGGCGGAGGGCUGCAGACGGCAAAAGAUCUCUUCUCUGGCGCUCUUGGAGGCAUUGCGCAAGUCCUGAUCGGCCAGCCCUUUGACAUCGUCAAAGUCCGUCUCCAGACAUCGACCCAGUACGCGGGCGCCCUCGAAGCCGCCGCCUCCAUCUACAAGCAUGAAGGUGCCCUCGCCUUCUACAAGGGCACGCUGACGCCGCUCAUCGGCAUCGGCGCCUGCGUGUCGGUGCAGUUUGGCGCAUUCCACGCCGCGCGCCGCUGGCUCGAGGCUCGCAACGCCAGCAGCGGCCACAGCACGACGGACCUCAGCUACGCGCAGUACUUUGCCGCGGGCGCCUUCGCCGGCGUGGCCAACGCGCCGCUGUCGGGCCCCAUCGAGCACAUCCGCAUCCGCCUGCAGAGCCAGCCGCACGGCGCGGGGCGCCUCUACAACGGGCCCCUCGACUGCAUCCGCAAGAUCAGCGCCCACAACGGCGCCCUCAGCGGCCUGUACCGCGGCGAGGCCGUGACGGUCUGGCGAGAGGCCUUUGCCUACGGCGCCUGGUUCACCACCUUCGAGUACCUCAUGAACUCGGAUGCCGCGCGCAACGGCAUCGACCGCAAGGAAAUCCCCACCUACAAGAUUGCCCUGUACGGAGGCCUUGCCGGAGAAGUCCUCUGGCUGGCCAGCUACCCCUUCGACGUUGUCAAGAGCAAGAUGCAGACCGACGGCUUUGGCGCCCAGCAAAAGUAUCCGACUAUGCGAGCCUGCUUCGCUUCUACAUACCGCGCCAAUGGCCUGGGGGGAUUCUGGAAGGGCAUUGGACCUACGCUGGCUAGGGCUAUGCCUGUGAGCGCGGGCACUUUUGCCGUGGUGGAAAUGACCAUGCGAGCUAUCAACUAAAAGGAGAAAGUUCAGUGAAAAUGGAAAAAAAAGCGAGCGAAGCGAUUCGAAAAAGCGAAAGAGAUGUAUGAAAGAACAAAAAAUAUGUUCUCUUCUUUUUCUUAUUCUGGCGUUAUUGGCUUGGGAUGGGAUCACAGCCGAAUUGCACGGUAAAGGACGAAGCGAAAAGAAAUAUGGCAUGGAUAUAGAGACGGAAUCUGGGAAUAUUGCCUGUUAAUUCUAGACAGCUGUAUGGUUCAAGUGAAUUAUUAUGAGAGCCAAACAUUCAACAUGAAUUUAAUCAAUUGAUCUUCGUUAUAAGCCGUGUUAAUAUUUAUAUCUAAUGGACACAAUAACACAAUUCUAUUUCAUACCUCUUUAUGCAAAAAGUCAAAAGCCAUCAAUCUUACCAUCCAACGUUCUCGUUAUUUUCCACCCGCCUCUGGAGAAUUUGUCUUGCAUUCAGUGGUGUCAAUGCCACGAGCUGCAGCUCCUCAAGUACCGCACGCGCCUCGUCAUUGUCGGUAAACGCUCGAUCACUAGCUUGCUUGAGCGUGAUGGCGAUGGCGUCCUCGCUCUCUGCAGUUGUCGUCGUCGGCAAGUUGAGCAGGACAAGCCCCUCGCGAAGAGAUUCUAGCGCUGCCGAGCCGUUGGGAAUGAAGCGGUCAACAAGUGAAAAGAUGGACGCGCAGUCAUGCGCAAAUUGUGCUGCCCCAAGCGUGGUGAAUGUUUGACGGAUGAGAAUACUGGUCCAUAGCAAGUCUUGGAGCUUUUCGAGCGCAUCUCGCCAGACACGGCGAAACGAGGCCGCAGAGAGGGCUUUGCCCAAGAACUCUAGGUUCCUCUUCAAGACGCUCAGGGGCUCAUCUAGUUCAGGUGUGAUGGAGAGGGCUGAAGAGUCAUCUGGAGUGGCGCUUUCGCCAAUUGUUGUCCACUGAACAUUAUGGGUAUAGGCACGCAACGCUUUAGAGUGAGAGUCGACCAAGGCACCCAUCAACAGCUCUUCGCCGGCCUUGCGACGGUUGGUAUAUGCUGCAAUAGUUUCGUCAAAAAUGGCCCCAUUCUCGUCGCCAUCAUCAACGGCAGCGACAGUGCGUUCCUUGAGAUCAUGAUUGUUCCCAACCACGUUACCGAUUGCUGAGCCUUGUGGCUUUAUUUGUCGAGAUUGACGUCUGUGCAGCUGAUCCCAGAGAAUGACAUAGAAUUCUUCAUCGCCCCACUCCGCCAAAGUGUUGGCAAUAUGAUCGGAGCUACCAAUCACCUUGCACAACGUCUCCAAGGCACCAGUCCCUUCCAGGGCAGCGAGCUGUUCUUUCGUUACGCCGUGGAUGGUUCGGCCCAGGGUAGAAGUCAAAGACUGGUAGGCCUCCAAUGAGCUUCUCAAGCGAUCAUGGUAUCCAUCGAGAAUAUCAAGUUGGAUAUCCGUGAGAAACUUUAGCUUUUGCUUGACUUUACGGAGGCGUUCGUAUUUUGUGGUUACCACCCGUAGCAGAUCCGUGAGCUGAACAGCCGCAAAUGUAGGCUUCAUCUUGCCGGGCAGUGAAUAAUCGUAAUCGAUUUUGCGCGCGUCUCUUGAUUCCAAGAUGGCCUCGAACCUCUCCAACGCAAAACUUCGCUCGGCCUGGAACCACACAUCAAAGUACUUAUCCAGUAUGAUCUCUGACAGUCCUGCCCAGCCAUUCUCGGGAUCACCGCCGUCAUAGUUGAACCGAGAUC